GCCUCUCUCUCUUUUACCUACAACGAACUCGGCUUUGAACAAGUGAAGAACUUCUUGAAACAUGGUCAAGACCUCUGAUGUUGUUUUAAUCCUUGUCGCUAUUAUUUUCCCCCCUGCAGCAGCAGGAUUCAUCACAGGAUGCAGUUGCGACCUGCUCAUCAAUAUCUGUUUGACAAUCCUUGGAUACCUUCCUGGUCACCUGCACGCCUUCUGGUUGAUCUACAAGAAGAUGCAGGCUGAAGAACGAUAUGGACAUGGGGGAUACCAAUAUGUUGGUAAUGGGGCUUACAGGCCAUAUCCACAGCAGGCACCUGUUGCAGGGCAACCACAAUAUUAUGGUGCCACAAACAAUCAGGCUGUCUGAGUUGAGACAGUGUAUUCACCCAUUCUGAAUGGAUGAGGGAUAAUCGAUAAUUGCGCCUUACCUCCUGUAUUCGAAUAAUUCGACGUAUGACCCAGGUCCUGUAUGACUAUAGGACAAUUUCAAUGUACCUUUUCCACUUGUCUCUUACGCGGAAAGAGGCGGGCGGGUAUGCUCUCGUUCGGUAGUUCGUUCCCGACACUUGCC